AACAAGCUCCUGCUUUCAUCUACCUACCACACAAAGACUCCGGUCAAGUUGGCCACUGCUUUCCGUUAAUACCGCGCGGCCGAGCGCAUCGCGAUUACCAUGGCGCCGGCAUUACCGAUCAAGUUCCAGGAACUGUUCCAGCUCAGCAGCCUGGGCGUCAACCAAACCGCGAUCACUUUCAAUACCUGCACUAUAGAAUCAGACUCCUUCGUCUGCUUGAGAGACAAGAAGGAUGAGGCGUCGUCUCCUGAAGUCCUCAUCGUCGACCUUAAGAAUGGCAACAACGUCAUCCGCCGGCCCAUCAAGGCCGACAGCGCAAUAAUGCACUGGACGCGCCAGGUCAUUGCGUUGAAGGCUCAGUUACGGACACUGCAGAUCUUUGAUCUGGAGCAGAAACAGAAGCUGAAGUCGACAACGAUGAGCGAGGACGUCACGUUCUGGAAGUGGAUCAGCGAGUCAACCCUUGGCUUGGUGACAGAGAGUGCCAUCUACCACUGGAAUGUCUUUGAUCCCUCCCAAGCGGCACCCGUCAAGGUGUUUGAUCGCAAUACCAAUCUUCAGGGCAACCAGAUUAUCAACUAUCGGACGAGUGCCGACGGCAAGUGGAUGGUCGUGGUUGGCAUCUCGUCGCAGCAAGGACGCAUCGUGGGCGCCAUGCAGCUGUAUUCCAAAGACCGCGGCAUUAGCCAAGCCAUCGAGGGCCACGCUGCCGUAUUUGGUACGAUCCGGUUAGACGGCGCUCCCGAGGACACUAAACUCUUCGCCUUUGCCGUACGGACGGCGGUCGGCGCGAAACUGCACAUCGUCGAAGUCGAUCACCCCGAGACGAACCCCGUGUUUCCCAAAAAGGCAGUCGACGUAUUCUUCCCGCCGGAAGCCGCCACUGAUUUUCCUGUCGCACUCCAGAUCUCGCAGAAAUAUGGCAUCAUCUACCUCAUCACGAAGUUCGGCUUCAUCCACCUUUACGAUCUGGAGACUGCCACAUGUAUCUUCAUGAAUCGCAUCUCUGGUGAAACCAUUUUCACAGCCUGCGGUGACAAGGACUCAACUGGUGUUCUCGGCAUAAACCGGAAGGGUCAGGUUCUCUUCGUUAGCGCUGACGAAAACACGAUUGUUCCAUAUGUCCUCGAGAGCCACGGCACUGAGCUGGCGCUCAAGUUGGCAUCUCGUGCCGGUCUUCCGGGCGCUGACAACCUCUAUCAGCAGCGCUUCGAACAGCUCUUCUCCAACGGCAACUACCAAGAGGCUGCCAAGGUUGCGGCCAACUCCCCGCGCGGAUUUCUGCGGACGCCGCAGACCAUAGAGCGUUUCAAGCGGCUCCCUCAACAGCCGGGGCAGAUGUCGCAUAUCCUGCAGUACUUUGGCAUGCUUCUCGAUAAGGGUUCCCUUAACCAACACGAGACAAUCGAACUCGCUCAGCCUGUACUCGCUCAAAACCGCAAGCAGCUGCUCCAAAAGUGGCUCGGCGAGAACAAGCUCGAAUGCUCUGAGCAGCUUGGUGACAUGGUCCGCCCACACGACAUGACUAUGGCGCUGGCGAUCUACCUGAAGGCCAACGUGCCUCACAAGGUCGUUGCCGGCUUCGCCGAGACCGGCCAGUUCGACAAGAUCCUCCCGUACUGUGCUCAGGCCGGCUACCAGCCCGACUUUGUUCAGCUGCUCCAGCACAUUGUCCGGGUCAACCCGGAGAAGGGCGCUGAGUUCGCUACGUCGCUUGCCAACCAUGAGGGCGGGUCUCUGGUCGACCUCGAACGGGUGGUCGACAUCUUCCAGUCUCAGGGCAUGGUCCAGCAAGCUACCGCUUUCCUGCUCGACGCCCUGAAAGAUAACAACCCGGAGCAUGGCCAUCUCCAGACCCGUCUGCUCGAGAUGAACCUGAUCAAUGCGCCACAGGUUGCGGAUGCGAUCCUUGGGAAUGAUAUGUUUUCCUACUUCGACAAGGCUCGCAUUGCAUCUCUUUGUGAGCAAGCUGGCCUCUUGCAGAGAGCUCUUGAUCUCUAUGAGGACCCCGCGGCCGUCAAGCGGGUCAUCGUCAACAUCCCCGCCAUGCCGAACUUCAACCCUGAUUGGCUUGUCGAGUACUUUGGACGUCUCUCGGUAGAGCAAUCCGUCGAUUGCCUGGACGCCAUGAUGAAGCACAACAUCCGUCAAAACCUCCAGUCUGUGGUUCAAAUCGCUAUCAAGUACGCUGAGCUUCUCGGUCCCCAGCGCCUGAUUGACCUCUUCGAAAAGUACAAGACCGCGGAAGGUCUCUACUACUUCCUUGGCAGUAUCGUCAACGUCAGCGAGGACCCCGAGGUUGUCUUCAAGUACAUCGAGGCGGCCACCAAGAUGGGUCAGAUCCGCGAGGUCGAGCGCAUCUGCCGAGACAACAGCGUCUUCAAUCCGGAGAAGGUCAAGAACUUCCUUAAGGAAGCUAAGCUAAGCGAAAUGCUGCCACUGAUGAUUGUCUGCGAUCGCUUCAACUUUGUCCAUGAUCUGGUCCUUUAUCUCUACCAGCACCAGCAGUUCAAGUCGAUCGAGAUCUACGUUCAGCAGGUCAACCCCUCCAGGACGCCCGGCGUUAUUGGUGGGUUGUUGGAUGUCGACUGCGAUGAGAGCAUUAUCAAGAAUCUUCUCACCACAGUCAACCCGGCUUCGAUCCCCAUUGAUGAGUUGGUGCACGAGGUCGAGACGCGCAAUCGCCUCAAGCUGCUGCUUCCGUUCCUUGAGGCAACUCUCGCCGCCGGCAAUCAACAACAGGCAGUUUACAAUGCCCUAGCGAAGAUCUACAUUGACUCCAACAACAACCCUGAAAAGUUCCUGAAGGAGAACGACCAGUAUGACACGCUCACAGUCGGCAAGUACUGCGAGAAGCGCGACCCCAACCUGGCGUACAUCGCCUACCGCAAGGGUCAGAACGACCUCGAGCUCGUUAACAUUACCAACGAGAAUGCCAUGUACAAGGCCCAGGCGAGGUAUCUUCUGGAGCGAGCGGACAGGGAGCUUUGGAUGUUCGUCCUCAGCGAGAACAACCUCCAUCGUCGCUCCGUGGUCGACCAAGUCAUCUCGACCGCCGUGCCGGAGUCGACAGAUCCUGCCAAGGUUUCCGAGGCCGUGGCCUGCUUCCUAGCUGCCGAUCUGCCGGCGGAGCUUAUUGAGCUCCUGGAGAAGAUUGUCCUGGAGCCGUCCCCCUUCAGCGACAACCAGAACCUCCAGAACCUCCUCAUGUUCACCGCUGCCAAGGCGGACAAGGCCCGUGUCAUGGACUACAUCCAUAGGCUCGACAACUUCGCUGCAGAUGAGAUUGCCAACGUCUGUAUCGAGGUCGGUCUCUUUGAGGAGGCAUUCGAGGUGUACAAAAAGAUCGACAACAAAGAGGCUGCGGUCAACGUCCUCGUCGAGCAUGUGGUUAGUAUCGAUCGUGCUCAGGCGUUUGCUGAGGAGGUCGAUAUGCCGCAGGUCUGGAGUAAGGUAGCCAAGGCCCAGCUGGACGGUCUCCGUGUGAGCGACUCAAUCGACUCGUACAUCCGGGCGGAGGAUCCGAAGAACUACGAGGAGGUUAUUGAGAUCGCGGUCGCGGCCGGGAAGAAUGAGGAACUUAUCAAGUAUCUCCGCAUGGCCCGCAAGACACUCCGCGAGCCUGCCAUCGAUACCGCCCUCGCCUUCUGCUACGCCCGGCUCGACCAGCUCGCAGAGCUCGAAGACUUCCUGCGGGCGACCAACGUGGCUAAUGUUGAGGAGUCCGGAGACAAGGCCUAUUCCGAGGGUCUCUUCGAGGCGGCCAAGAUCUUCUACACCAGCAUCUCCAAUUGGGCGAAGCUCGCUACCACGCUUGUGCACCUCGAAGAUUAUCAGGCCGCUGUGGAUUGCGCGCGCAAGGCCAACAACAUCAAGGUGUGGAGGGAGGUUCAUGAGGCAUGCGUCGGCAAGAAGGAGUUCCGCCUUGCCCAGAUCUGCGGUCUCAACCUCAUCGUCGAUGCCGAGCAGCUCCAGGCACUCGUCAAGCAGUACGAGCGCAAUGGCUACUUCGACGAGCUCAUCAACCUGCUCGAGCAGGGUCUCGGUCUGGAGCGUGCGCACAUGGGCAUGUUCACCGAGUUGGGAAUUGCCUUGUCCAAAUACCACCCUGAGCGCUUGAUGGAGCAUCUCAAGCUCUUCUGGAGCCGGAUGAACCUGCCUAAGAUGAUCCGUGCAUGCGAGGAGGCCAACCUGUGGCCCGAGUUGGUGUUCUGCUACUACCAUUACGACGAGUUUGACAAUGCUGCGCUUGCCGUCAUGGAGAGGCCCGAGAACUCGUGGGAGCACCAGCAAUUCAAGGAGAUUACCGUCAAGGUGGCCAAUCUCGAAAUCUACUACAAGGCCAUCAACUUCUACCUUGAGCAGCACCCUUCCCUGCUCACCGACCUCCUGCAAGUCUUGACUCCCCGGAUCGAUGUGAACCGGGUGGUCCGCAUGUUCCAGAAGUCAGACAACCUGCCGCUCAUCAAGCCGUUCCUGCUCAGCGUGCAGUCGCAGAACAAGCGCACUGUUAAUGACGCCAUCAAUGACUUGCUCAUCGAAGAGGAAGAUUACAAGACGCUGCGCGAUUCGGUCGAGCACUACGACAAUUACGAUGCAGUCGAUCUUGCUGGUCGCCUGGAGAAGCACGAUCUUGUGUUCUUCCGCCAGAUCGCUGCCAGCAUCUACCGCAAGAACAAGCGGUGGGAGAAGUCUAUCAACCUAUCCAAGCAGGACAAGCUGUGGAAGGAUGCCAUCGAGACUGCUGCCAUUUCAGGCAAGUCCGAUGUCGUUGAGGAGCUUCUGCGAUACUUCGUGGACAUCGGCAACCGGGAAUGCUACGUCGGCAUGCUCUACGCGUGCUACGACCUGAUCCGGCCCGACCUCGUCCUGGAGCUGUCGUGGCGCAACGGCCUGAACGACUUCACCAUGCCGUACAUGAUCAACCUCCUUUGCCAGCAAACCAAGGAACUGGCCUCGCUCAAGGCAGACAACGAGGCGCGCAAGGCAAAGGAGAAGGAGCAGGAGAAGGUCGAGGACAACACGCCGAUCCUCGGCAGCAACCGGCUCAUGAUCACAGCCGGCCCGACGGGCGCGGCUCCCUCACCCUCGCCAUACAUGCAGGCCAAUGGAUUUGCGCCGCAGCCGACCGGUUUCGGCUUCUAGAAGGUUGCCCCGGUGGCUUUCUGGUGCCUUUGUCUGUUUGAUCCCAGCCAAAACCGCUGGUUUUACCCGCUUGACGUUUCUGGUGCACCCGGUACACCCGUGGGAGCGGUGGAGUUGUAUCAGUGGGAAAGAGGAGCCGGCAAGCAGCGAGAUGAAGGCACGGCUGGGGUGGCGGGUUCUUAGAAAAGGUAUUGGGACGGUACCGCUGCGGUGUAUGCGCCGAGGGUCA